AUGGAGGAGGAAAGCGUGGGUAGUUUUACUGCUUCAUCCUCAUGUUUAAUUCAUUUUCGUGGCAAAACAGGAGAUUUGUGUAAAUUAACAUGUCAUACACUUGUGAAAAUAAAAGAAUAUUGUGAAAAAUGGAUUAAUUUGGAUGGAGAACCAAAAGAAAUUGCCGAGAAAAUUAUCGAUGUCGUGCGAUCAUGGCCUGACAACGAGCCAGAUGUUCUGCCUACAGAAGCUGCUAACUUUCGCUAUCACAAAGAGUGCUACGUUAGGUUUUGUGACAAAAAUAAAGUGGCUAGAAAUAUGAAGAAAAAAGAGAAGGCCCCAGUGAGAGAUGUAAAAGAGCAAAGCAUGUCAAAAACGUGCUCGGAAAAACGUUGUUCUUCCAGAAUAGCAUCAUUUGUAUGCGCUUCCGCUUCGACACAACCUUCGACUAGUACAAUCACGGAAAGGCGAAGCAUUCAUGUCCUUCCCGUACAGUGCAUCAUAUGUAAAAGAAAGGACGCCUAUAUAAUGGAUAAGGUACAGGUAUUCCAUAUUAUGUGCAUGUUUAUAAAAGUAUAAAACGGGUAAAGUUUAAUACAUCAUUGGAGUAUUUUAAUUAUAAAACUCUUUAUACACAGAAAACCAGAAAAAGGAAGCUUGAUAAGUUAGUCACAGCAGAAACAGUCGACGGUGGCUUGCUACGAGAAGCUGCUGAGAAGAAGAAUGAUGAAUCAAUCUUGACACAUAUUAGGGGUAAAGAUUGUGUCGCCAUCGAGGUCAAAUAUCACAAGAUGUGUCAUAUAAACUACUGCCGUUAUUUAACCCGAACAGUAUCCCAGAAACAGGAGAGUGACGAGCUUUACAAGCAAAGCUACGAUGUUUUUUGUGCCAGAGUUAUUGUGGCGAAAAUAAUCCAGCAGAAGAAGGUCAGUCGCAUGACAAAUUUGCAUGAAAAAAUUUGUUAAAAUAGUGCAAGAUACUGAGGGUGUUGAUGCUACAAACUAUCGGAAAUAUCUUCUUAAAGCAAGGCUACGAAGAGACUAUCCCCAGCUUAUUUUUCAUCAACCGGAUAGAAAAAACAAAGUGAACUUGUGUUUGUGCAAGAAUUGUCUGUUGGGGAAGCAUUUGAGAAAUCUGUAGAAACUGCAACUAGUCAAAGUAGUCAGUCUGAGACUGAUGAAGAAAUGCAUCUUAGUUCAAAAGCGGAACUACAAAAAGAAGUAACAUUAAAGGAAUUAUACGAUGAUGCUAUUGCUCUGAGGACGAGUAUGAGCGACAUUCGAAAAAUGAAAUUGCCAUGGCCUCUCACAAGUGUAGACCUAACAGACGAAACAGCCCUCAAGAUGAUUCCUGUAAAGCUAUUUAAUUUUAUUAGUUGGAUUCUUGGUUUCUCUGAUGUACCUGAAAUGCAGACUUACAUUAAACUGGAAGAUGCACAAAUGAAGAAAGUCUUAUCAUUAUGCCAAGACAUGUUGUUUGUUUAUUCUAAUAGUAGAAUCCAAACUCCAAAGUCUUUAGCUUUGGGAAUGACUGUUAGACAAUUAACAAGAUCCUCCCAGCUAACUGAUGUUCUUAAUGGAUUUGGACAUUGUGCGAGUCGUUAUUCUGUUCUGACUCACGAGGUUGACUUAGCAAGGCUUUCCAUGACAACUGAGUUGAAUAUUCCUAAGGAUAUUGCAAAAAACAAGUUUACUUGUCUUGUCUUUGACAACGAUGAUUUUUCAGAAGAUUCAAGAAAUCAAACUCAUGUGCUUGGUGGAAUUGCCAUUCAGAGAGAAUCGGAGGUUCUUGAAAGUGUCGUGCAACCCCCAAUGAAAAAGAAGGGUCGAAGAUCGCUACAGGCUCCACCUACCAUUAUUUUGCCUUAUCAUCUUGGUAAAAAGAAAACUCCAAGCUUUGCCAUUCAGAAUGAAAGUCUCGACGAAGAAUAUUACGUAGACGAACAGGCCUAUGCAAGACUUUUGGAUUUUGCAUAUAUUCUAAUGAAAGUUUAUCAGUCACAAGUAGAUGUCUUCCCAGGUUGGACAAGUUUCAACAUGCUUGUACAGGGAUUGGAAAUACCACCAGUGUCCAAAAUUCGCUACCUACCAAUAGUUGAUGGUUCCCCCAGUGAUUACUCUACUCUAUACACGACUCUUGAACAAAGCAUGAAGAUUGCAAAUGAAUUAUUGCUUGAUAAAAUUGUGUUGGUUUUUGAUGAGGCUAUAUAUGCGAAAAUCCAGCAGAUAAGAUGGAAAGAUGAGAGAUUCUUGUCACGAUUCAUUGUUCGACUUGGUGAUUUUCAUGCAACAAUGUCAUUUUUGAGUGCUAUUGGAAAGCUAUUUGGAGAUGCAGGAUUGCUGGUUAAUAUUUUCAUAUUUUGCAUACAGUGUUUAUAAACAGAUUUCUUUUUGUAGUUUUGCAUUGUGAACAAGUACAUGUAUUUGUUUUCUAAUGUACUACCUGUGAUCGAGUAAACUAUUCCAGAUAUGGUACUGCCUAUUGGUUAGAAAUGACAAAACUUAAAGAAACUGAUCCAGGUAGCAUUACUAGCACUUCUUUCAUAGCUGUACAUUAAUUUAGCUUUUAGUCAUGAACCCUGGUUUGUUAACAGUUUGUUGCUGUUUUUAGGUGUAGUUAAAGAACUUAGUCAACAAUGGACUGUCCAAAGACAAAACAAUCAUGCUUUUUCAACUGUUGCUUGUGACAUGGCCAUGGAGCAAACACUGAACAAGAACUCAAAAACAUCUGGAGGUAAAAUAUUACAAGCAUUCCUUUUUGUUCACUUCAAGUGCCAUUACUUUUUUCUAAGUCUAUUAAUUUGUGUAAUGCCAUGCUAUAGCUGUAUCGAUAUAAAAACAACAAAUUAUUAGAAAAGACUCAACUGUUUUGUUUGCCCUUUUUGAAGGAAUGGUUGGAAUUUCUUUAAAUCGUGGAGCAAUACAGCGUUGGAUCUUAUCACAGUCAGAGAGAUCAGCUAUUUCUAGAGAAUGCAUGAAGAUGGCAGGCGCUAACCCACUUCAUAGGUACUGUUCUUCAUCACUUGAUGCAUACUGUUCAAGUUAAAAAUGGCAGGGAAUAUUAUAGUGUACAAUAUUACAACUGCACAAUUUUUCUAGUAUGUAUCUCUUUAAUUGCUUAUAGAAAUCGAAAAGAUUUAGAUGAAACACAAAAGGUUCGUCAUGAAAAAGAUGUUCAAAUUAUUAAGACAACACUAGAAAGUAUGGUGAACCCAUAUGAGCCUGGUCGAGAAGAAAUAGUGCAUUUAACGAGCGGUCUGGUAGCCACAGAAGAAGUCAGAUCUGAUUUCUUGAUGGCGAAAGACGCAGGAGAAAAACAUUUGCAAACGUUUAUCCAGGAAAAACUGCUUGUACCUGAACCUGAUAUUUUUUCGAAAAUCCCAAUGCUUAAAUUGAAAACAUUCACAUCAUUAGUGAAGAAAGUGAAAGUUACUUCAAAGAAUGGUACUGAAGCAACACUGAAGAGCAACCGAAACCUUUUUGCUCGCAUCCUGUUACUUGCUCAAAGUAUAAAUAUCGAUAUGAAAGAAGUCCUGUCAUUUUCUCUUGGUCCUUUUCCUUUGUCCAUUUCAACAGAGCAGGGAUCACUGCGUAAGGCACCUAAAAGCAAGCUUUUGGAAUUAAUCGAGACGUCCACCAACAGUCAGAGUGUUGAAAGCAUUCCAGAAGGUGGUGCAUUAAUCGUGGAUGCAAUGGCAACUGUUCAAGCAAUUGCAAAACCCCCCAACAACAUUUGGUGA